AUGAAAUAUACAAGUUAUAUCUUGGCUUUUCAGCUCUGCAUCGUUUUGGGUUCUCUUGGCUGUUACUGCCAGGACCCAUAUGUAAAAGAAGCAGAAAACCUUAAGAAAUAUUUUAAUGCAGGUCAUUCAGAUGUAGCAGAUAAUGGAACUCUUUUCUUAGGCAUUUUGAAGAAUUGGAAAGAGGAGAGUGACAGAAAAAUAAUGCAGAGCCAAAUUGUCUCCUUUUACUUCAAACUUUUUAAAAACUUUAAAGAUGACCAGAGCAUCCAAAAGAGUGUGGAGACCAUCAAGGAAGACAUGAAUGUCAAGUUUUUCAAUAGCAACAAAAAGAAACGAGAUGACUUCGAAAAGCUGACUAAUUAUUCGGUAACUGACUUGAAUGUCCAACGCAAGGCAAUACAUGAACUCAUCCAAGUGAUGGCUGAACUGUCGCCAGCAGUUAAAACGGGGAAGCGAAAAAGGAGUCAGAUGCUGUUUCGAGGUCGAAGAGCAUCCCAGUAA